AUGUCCAUAUCAAGAAACUUACGGUCGCUAAUUAAUAGAAUAGUACUAUCGGACACACGCGUAGGUGUUCGAUUAUAUUCAGAUGAAGCCAAUGAUAACAAUGAAGAGGAAGAAAAGCCAGUUGAUCCUACUAAGGAUAGGACAAAAAGUAUUCCCGUCGAAACAAGCAUAAGAUAUUUAGAAAGCAAGGCUUUUAAUCAAACCUAUGGUGAUAAGCCUGUUUGGUUCUACUAUCGCAGAAAUCACAAAGGUGGUUUUGCCCCAAGAAAAACGAGACUGUCAUGCAUACGAAGUGGAGUAAUUUCCACUGGAAAUCCAUGCCCUAUUUGCAGAGACGAAUACUUGGUAUUGGAUCCUAGAAAUACGAAAUUAUUGGAACAAUUUAUUUCAGAGUAUACUGGUCAGAUCUUGGAUGCCUUUAAAACAGGACUCUGCCAGAGAAAACAGAAAAAAUUACUGGUUGCCGUUGAACAAGCCUGGGACCAAGGUUACCUUACCUAUGAUGUUCCAUUUAGGGAAUAUGAUUAUUCUCUCUAUUAUACCUCUGCACAGUGA